GCCAACAUUUCCCCAAUCACCGAUUUUCCCCAAAAUUUGCCUGAAAGGCUACGAAGAAAACUAGGGUUUCCCUCAAACCCCUCUUCACCUUCUUCAUCUUGUUCCCCAAAUUAGGGUUUCAGAAACUCUAUUUCUACACUGGAACUAUGCCGCCGUUAUCAUGGAGACACCAUACGCUCAUUCAAGCUGUGCUUUCUCGCGGCCCGCUCAAGGAGAACGACUUUCACUCCAUCUUCUCUGACGUCACCGGCAAAACCCUAGAUUCUCAUAAACGAUUAUUCAACGAAUAUCUAAAGGAGAUAAACAGGGAGCUUGCUUAUGUUCAGUUUGAGUUACGCGCAUGCAGAAAUCAAUAUGAUGGUUUUGUAUAUUAUGGAGUAAUCAACACUGUUGCAGAUGAGCAAUCAAAGCUUGGAACAAAAUACUCCGUUCCACAGAUUGCUUUCUACAAGGGCAUUAUUGAAGCCAUAGUUCAAGAUACCACAGCUCGGGGAACUAUUUCCAAUAUUGAAGCUCUGAAUAUUCGGCUAGAAAACCAGGUUGGUUCAUCUGAAAUACCUCCAGCGCUCAAGAAUUUCUCGAUGUCUCAUAAAGAGAAAGCUAUACACGAAUUUAUUCAGGACCAAUGGUUGUGUGCCACAUCAGAUGGUAAUAUUGGACUUGGUGUGAGAUCGUUUCUGGAUCUCCGGAGUUGGUUUCAUAAUAAUGAAGUACCUAAAUGUGAUGUCUGCAAUGAAGCUGGAAUUAAGGCAGACUUAUGCCCGAAUGAAAAUUGUACUGUUCGUAUCCAUGAGUACUGUCUAAAGGCGAAGUUCUCACUAACAAGGAACGAAAAGGUCUGCCCUGGUUGUGGUACACAAUGGCCAUAUGUAGUGACAAAAGCAGAAGCUGUUGAGGAAGAAGAAGAUGAUACAGAGGUCCAUCAGCAACCUCCUGAACCCUUAAGGCGAAAGACGUCAAGGGGUUCACGACAAGUUCAAGAAGAGGGGUUAAAUGAACCAUCAAGUAGAAGGCUCAAAAGAUCCAGAAACAAUGAAGAUCAGGAGUUGGCCGGUCAAUCUCAGAGUCAAUCGUCAACACAAACCUUUCGUAAAGCAAAACUUGAAAAAUUAACAGCUGUCGAGGUUGAUAAUGGUGGGCCAGGCCCAUCGACAAGGAGGGCAACCCGAACUUCAACCCGAUUACACCGUUAAGUGAAGUGAAGUAUUAUUUUUGUAUUAGAGGCUAAGCCAGUUAGUUAUGGACAUAAGCCAGUUAGUUAUGGACCGUGAAUGGGUAUUUUGUACAUUUGUUGGUAACGAUUUUAACCUGUGAAAACUAGGAUGUUUUUUGUUUUGAGAAGUUUGUUAAAAAGUUUAUGUAGUUAUUGGAAUGAUGGAUGUAACUAUGUGGAAAAUGAUAAACUAUGAUGUUUGUUUA